GCUCUACUUUUGGCAACAUUGUUAUUUAUCAAGUCCUUAUCUAUUCAUAAAACCACCUGCUUUCAAAUUUUUUGGUACCAAAAUUUAACAAAAUGAGCCUUAGAAUUCUAGAGUUCAUAGUAUAGUCUGUAUAGUUUAUAGUUUACACCUUUUUUUCGUGUAGUCCAUUUAUUUGUGAAAUCCUUCCAUCAUGUUACAACGCUUACCAUUUUCGACAUUCAACUCUCGCCUUUCUUCCAUCACUUUACUAUCAAAAGUGAAUAUAUAUAAUUCAACUACUUCAUGUGCUUCGAAUCGGGAAUCCUUGAGAAAGAAAAAUUACUACAGUCGGAGUUUCCAUUCAAAAUCGACAUUUUUAGUGAAAUCAUACAGUAUGGUUGUUCCGUUGAUUACUUCUCUUCGCAAAGUACCAGUUUAUUUACAAACAGCGUCAUAUUGCAGCCGGUCAACACAACAUGUGACUCUGAAUAUGGAUAGCACUAGCAGUAACGAUAACUCUGCUCAAUUCACAUCAAAACCCAGCUCUGAAGUUGAUGUUGGGAUAAGAAAUAACACAGUUUCUGUCAAUGAUGCUACGUGUGAACGUUCUCAUGAUGAUGAACAGUGCUCGCCAGUUUCAAAAAGGAGUAAAAAUUCAUCAGUUGAAGGUUCAUCAGAUGCUGAUACAUCUCCAUCAACUAGGAUCCCUGUUGUAGUCUUCGAUAUCGAUAAUACACUUUGUUAUAGUUGGUUGUCGUCUGAGGAACGGGAAGAAAAAACCAUUAGGAAGAGUUUGUCGGAAUGCCCGAUCAUUGUUUGGAAUCAGCAUUACAGCAAAGACGGAUCCAUUGAUAGAUAUCCGCAUGUAUUUCUACCUCACCUAAAAAUUUUAUUCGAUUAUUUAUUGGAGCAAGGCGUACGAAUUGUUUUUUUUUCUUCUGGCCCCAAGGAGAGAAAUCUGACGGUUAUUCCAGAACUGCUUAUGUCGUUCUGGGGUAGUGAGAAAUUUGAAGCCCUGAAAGCAAAAGGACAAUUUGACAUUUUUUCUAAGGAUCAUAUGCGUAAAGGACGAACUGCUCCUGGCGAACAAGGAAACUAUGUAAAAGAUUUAAAAGUAGUUGUUGGAGACGGCGAAACAUUGUUGGAUGCCAUCUUAGUGGAAGAUGACCCCUCUUUCGUUGCUCAUGAUCAGAAACCAUGUUUAUAUAUCAUAGAUUUAACUGAUUUAAUGUUUUCGGCCAUAAUGGAUAAAGACGAGAUAGAUAAAAAUAAACAGCAGUAUAGUAUGUGGCGGGGAAAAAGUGACAUUUUUUGUUUGAAUAGUGUUUACUACAUGCUCGGUGUGUUCAAGACCUAUUUUGAAAAUGAGAAUUACAAGGUGUUGCCUUUAAGAGAAGGCUUGAAUCAACUUGUACCUAAGAAACCAUGCUACGGUGAUUUUUUUGAGGAGGAGAACUCGUUUGUCGAUGAUAUGAUUAAUUUGGGAUUAUCAGAGGUUCGGAAACUGGUACCUGAUGCUGUGUAUUAUUGAUUAUAAUAUAAUAUCCGUCUCGUCUGUAAUUUAUUCUAGAUUACUUACCGGAUUUUAAGUUUUCUUAUGUACAUAUGUGUAUUGAAAAUGUGUUCAAAAAAAUUAUUAUUGACUGAAUAAAGUAGUUUCUUAGGUGAUUAACAAAUUA